UGUUGACUUGACAUGCUUGGCCAGACCUCUCUUCUUCUUCUUCUUCUUUUUCUUGUUUGUUUGCGUUUCGCUGACACAAUGGCCGAACAUCACGACGGGGAGAGUGCUUUGGAGCAGACUGUCGAGACGGUCGCGCAGGCUGUUGCCGCGGUUGUCGAGAGCGUCGAUACGCUUGCCAGCACAUUGGAUCCCUUGCAGCCACAGGGCACCGCGAUCAAGGACGAGGGCGGCGAGCUCGGUCUCUAUGCCACGUACGGCGCGUUGCUCUUGAUGGCCGUCGUUCCCAUCAUUGUCGGCGCCCGUCGCUCGGUCGUCGCUGUCAAGGCAAAGGACGAGAACGGACAGGCCACGACCGAGUCCAUGACGAGCCACGACGCCAAAAUGUUCCCCAUCAUUGCGUCGUGUAUGCUGUUUGGCCUCUAUGUGGUCUUCAAGCUCUUCUCGCCUGAAUUGGUCAACUUUGUCCUCACGGGAUACUUUAUGCUGCUCGGCGUGUUUGCGCUGGCCAAGACAAUCCGCCAGUCCGUGGAGCACCUCGCCCCCGCGAUCCUGGUUGCCGAGCCCUUCCGCUUCCAAAUCACCCGCAGCCAUCGCGACAAUCCCGCCCUGAAGGCCGAUUGGUUUGACCUCAGUGUCGACUUUCUCGAUCUGGCGUGCCUGGCGCUUGCCGCGGUGGUCGGCGCAUGGUACCUCUUCACCAAGCACUGGAUUGCCAACAACAUUUUCGGCCUCGUCUUUGCCACGAAUGCCAUUGAACUGCUGGCUCUCGGCAGCUUCAAAGUUGGUGCCAUUCUGCUAUCGGGUCUGUUCAUUUACGACAUCUUCUGGGUCUUUGGCACGAACGUCAUGGUCACCGUCGCUCGUUCGUUCGAUGCACCCGUCAAGCUUGUCUUCCCAAAGGACAUUUUCGUGCACGGCUUCGCAGCUACCAACCACGCCAUGCUCGGCCUUGGCGACAUUGUUAUUCCCGGUAUUGUUAUUGCGCUCCUCCUGCGAUUUGACCGUUCCCGCUCGCAAACUGCAGCGCCGUACUUUUCGGUCGGCAUGCUCGCUUACUUUGUCGGCUUGGCCACCACUAUUUUCGUGAUGCACGUGUUCAAGGCAGCGCAGCCGGCAUUGCUCUACUUGGUCCCGACGUGCCUUGGCUUCCCCGUUGUGUUUUCCUGGCUCCGUGGAGAGUUUGGCGAGCUCAAUGCAUAUCAAGACAACCCCGAUGAAGAAGAAGAAGCAGGAGAAGAAGACAAAGCACAAGAAGGUGCCGAACAACGGCCAGGAGCUUCUUCCGCUGAUGCCAAGGAGGCGGUUGCACCGUCUCAGGUCGAAACCACCACUGGACCAACAACACGAAAGCGAAGUUCCAAGAAGGCGGAUUGACCGUUGUCCUCUUGCGUGACUUUUGACUUUUGCUUUUUAUGUACAUGUAUGAGAGUGCGUGCUUGUCCAGGUCGUCGUCGUCGUGAUCCACUGAAACACAACAUGUUCGUUUCUUGUUUUUUUUUUUUUUUGUUUGUUUCAAACGAUGAUGAGACAGCGCAGUUGCACCGC